AUGGAGGGCAUUAAUCAGCGUACGGAAAUAAUAGAGAAUAGAUUGCACUCUCAAGAGCAAUCUCACCUGGAUCUGGUUGAAACCGUAAAAGAGCUCCAACAAGCAGAAAAGCUUGCCGACGCUGAGGAUAGAAGUAGGCGUAAUAACCUAAGGAUCAGGGGGAUACCUGAUAAUAUCGAUUCCCAGGAAUUACAAAACUAUUUCCAGACAAUGGUGAAGUCAGCUCUACCAAACGUAAAAAAUACGGAUUUAUUACUGGAUCGCAUCCAUAGAUUGCCCAAACCCGGCAAUGCACCUCCAGCUGCACUCAAUGACAUGAUAGUGAGAUUCCACUACUACCACAUUAAAAAGGAAUUUCUAGGUGCAGUACGCACGUCAGGUCUCACAGGAGAUUACAGCAGCAUGA